AUGGAUGAUUUUAUCAGCGGUGCAGCUACAAAGAAAGACGCAAUCGAGAUACGCAAUGCACUUAUCAAAUUAAUGUCUACAGCUAAAUUAGAGCUAGGUAAAUGGGCGUCUAACGAUUCGGAUAUAAUUCGAGACGGUUUCGACAACAAUGACGGCUUAGUGGAUUUUCAAGAGACAAGUAAUGAUUUAACUAGAAUACUUGGUCUAUAUUGGGACUUUCACACCGACGAACUUAAAUAUAAGAUUAACGAAACUUCGUUAGUAACGCCUCUUACUAAACGCAACAUAUUGUCCGAUAUUGCACGUAUUUACGACCCACUCGGCUUAAUUGGUCCGGUAAUAGUUUGUGCAAAAUUAAUCAUGCAAGAGUUAUGGAAAGAGGAUUUAUCUUGGUCAGAACCGGUUUCGGAAAAGAUAAGCAACAUGAAUAACAAACAUAAGGUACAAUUAAUUUGCGCAAAGUCAAAGGUAGCACCACUAAAAAUAUUGUCGCUACCACGAUUGGAAUUGUGCGCCGCUCUAUUGCUAGCAAAGGUAGCAAAUAAGAUCGUAACAAGGUUGAAAUUGUCAAUCAGUAGAACAUAUUACUGGACCGAUUCCAGCGUCACAUGGUGUUGGAUCACGUCAACGUCGAAAAAAUGGAAAACCUUCGUCGCACACCGAGUUGGUCAAAUUCAAGAGAUCACAUCUCCCUCAAACUGGUUUCACAUUAGCGGUGUCGAUAAUCCGGCAAACGUGAUUUCACGCGGUUGUUGUCCCACCCAAUUAGCGAGUUUAUCAGUCUGGUGGAACGGACCAAGUUGGUUGUCACGACACGAAAACGAGUGGCCUGAUACGGUGAACCGCUCAUUAGAUUGUGACGAGGAGAGCGCAGAAACAAAAAUAAAUGAGAUAAGCGCUUUAUGCACUACGGCAAGUGAUAUAAAUAUCAUAAAUCGGUAUUCGUCUUUCGGUAAAUUGUUAAGAGUCGUAGCAUAUUGUUUACGAUUUAAAACUAAUUGCUCAAGUAAAACAGAUAAAACAGGCGAUCGGUACCGACGGAUCGGUAAUUUAAGUGCUGACGAAAUAAAAUUAGCAAAAACGUCAUUAAUUAAAGUUGUUCAAAGAAAUGAGUUUGCUAAUGAGAUAAAAUCUAUGCUUAACGGAGAAGCAAUAUCAAGCAAGAGUAAGUUAUUUCGUCUGCGACCGUUUUUAGAUAAGAAUAAUAUAAUAUGCGUGGGUGGACGAUUAAAACAUGCAGCAUCAAUUUCGAUUUUCCAGCGUAACCCUAUAGUGUUACCAUCAAAUAGUAAUUUCACGAAAUUGUUGUUAUGUAACGAGCACGUUACACUAAUGCAUGGAGGUCCACAAGCUAUGUUAUCGUCGGUACGCAUGAGCUAUUGGCCAAUUAACGGUCGAAAUUUAGCACGAAACAUAGUAAACAAAUGCGUUAUUUGUUUUAAACAAAAACCUAUUAUAAUGCAACCGAUAAUGGGUGAUCUGCCUAAACAUCGAGUAUCUCCAGGCCGCGCGUUUCUAAGAUGUGGAGUAGACUUCGCCGGGCCCUUUAUGGUUAAAACUAGUACUCGAAGAAAUGCUCCAAAAGUGAAGUCUUAUGUAAGCAUUUUUAUUUGUUUAGCUACGCGACCUAUACAUCUCGAGCUCGUCAGUGACCUGAGCACCGACGCCUUUAUACGCGCAUUAAAUAGAUUUUUUGACCGUCGGGGAAAAAGCAUUGUAAUAUACUCAGAUAAUGCAACGAAUUUCAUCGGGGCCAACCGGAAACUAAAGGAAUGGUACCAAUUAUUUCAUAGUGACGAAAAUAAAAAAAGGACUAUGGAUACGUUAUCAGAUUUAGGCAUUGAUUGGAAAUUCGUACCCGCCCGUUCACCUCACUUCGGGGGUCUAUGGGAAGCAGGUGUAAAAUCCAUGAAAUCUUUAUUAUCUAAAAUCUUGGGUGAUUCGUACUUUACUUACGAAGAGUUGCUAACUAACCCGAGCAGAGGCGUGUCUAAAUAG